UUCGGAGUUCAAAGUCACAACAAACACACGCAGUGCAGAAUGGCGCUUGUGGCAGGUUGCGGACAUUUAUCCCGGGCAUUUCGACCUACACUGUGUCCAUUCCGCUAUGGGGCUAGCAAGCUACAGUUGCAUACAGGAAUCGGGUACCCUGCAAUCUGUGGAAAUGAGCCGCUGCUGCGCAGAACCCGGGCUCUGUGGGGAAGUGGAGUGGGUCGUCACUUCAGCUCAGAUGGUGGAGACGAUCUAACUGUUAGGUAUCUGGGAGGAGAGGAUUCAGGAAUUGUGGUGCUUGGAAUAAACAGACCAAAGGCCAAAAAUGCAAUCAGCAAAAAUCUUGUUAAAAUGAUGACUGAAGCGGUGGAUGCAGUGAAGGUUAACAAAAGCGUGCGAACAGUCAUUCUGUGUAGUUUGGUGCCUGGAAUAUUCUGUGCAGGUGCUGAUCUGAAGGAGAGAGCAAAAAUGCACCCAAGUGAAGUCGGGCCAUUUGUGUCUACAGCCAGAGCUCUCAUGAAUGAGCUAGGUAAUCUUCCAAUGCCAACAAUUGCUGCAAUAGAUGGGGCUGCCCUGGGAGGAGGUCUUGAGAUAGCUUUAGCCUGUGACAUAAGAACUGCUGCCUUCACUGCAAAAAUGGGACUGGUUGAAACGAAGUUGGCCAUCAUUCCAGGAGCAGGUGGGACACAGCGGCUGCCGCGUACCAUUGGAGUGGCCUCUGCCAAGGAGCUCAUUUUCUCUGGCCGUACUGUGGAUGGAACCGAGGCGAAAUCCCUGGGGUUGGUCAGCCACGCCGUGGAACAGAACGAGGCAGGAGACGCCGCCUUCAGGAAAGCCUUGGCCUUGGCAAGAGAAUUCAUUCCUCAGGGACCUAUAGCUAUGAGAAUGGCGAAGCUUGCCAUUAACAGAGGAAUUGAGGUUGACUUGGCAACAGGUUUAGCGAUUGAAGAAGCUUGUUAUGCUCAGGUGAUUCCAACGAAGGACAGAAUUGAAGGUCUAACUGCAUUUAAAGAGAAAAGACCACCACAUUACAAGGGAGAAUAAGAAAAAGCAUUUAAAAGGAUGCCAAGAAUAUUGCCUGAUUCACAUGGUAUAAUAAUAAGAUUGAUGAAACUUGAAACUAUCAGUGUAUGUAUUCCUUGCUUGUGACACAUUGCAUUAAUAAACCUCAAGUAAGACAACAAGUUAAAACAAAAGGGAGUGAUCUGGAAUGUGCACCAGCUUGCCCACAACACUACUGCUUUGUCAUCACCUGAGUUUUAGAUUAAUCUCUUUUAUAAAUAAACAAAGAGGGAGGAUAGUGGUUCAUGGCAUUUAUUGCACAAUCUGGAUACUUCAUGUAGCAACCUUUUUAUGUUGAUACAUAGCUUCCUGCAGUCUUUCUUUCCUCAUAAAACCUGUAGAUUUAGAGCAUCCUUCUGUUGUGAACGGACUGGAUUCCAGUAUAGGUUUAAUUUAUGAAAAAACAAGACUACAGAUUGUCAAGCAAUGACUACAGAAAAUUAUUUAAAAAUGUAGAUUAAACUUGUUUGCUUUCUCAUAAAAGCAAAGCUUUUGUAACAGAUGAACAAUAUUAAUAUUUUAGCAGGAUUCUGCAUGGUCCGCAGUUUAUAACAUGGAAUGAAAUGUCAUAUAUUUGCAAAAAUAGCAAUAAUCAUUUUAAAGAAGCAACCAACAAUGUAAACGCUUUUUUUUUUUUUUUUUUACUCCUCUUUAUCACAGCUCCCUUCACUUUGCUAAAUUCUCCAGACUUUUUGUUCACUAUGACUCAGGAGUGAAUCUAAUUGAGCCUGUCUGGAUAUUCACAAUCUAGAGGUCUUUACAUGGUCAAGUGGGGUCUAAUUGCCCUUUUCACAUGGAAUAAGAAGUAGUGGCAUGAUAAAUGAACUUCAUGUGAAUCAAAGUGAAAAUUAAGUCUGGAAUACAAAAUAAAUAGCAAAACCAUCAGGCUAUGUGAGAAUGGUGUCUUGUUAUAUUUGAUAGUGAUGUGACUUUUCCAUGUCUGUGAAACUGCACUAGAAGGCACUAUAACAAGUAGACUGGCAGCACAGACAAGUGGCAUUUGGCAUCUACAGUAUAGGUUUUAAAAGCUGCCUUGCAAUAUGCCUCACAGUAUAAGAUUCCACUCGUGCAUUAUUGGUUUAAGAUGAGGUUUAACGAUACUCCAGCCUUCAUGUUAAUAUUGCCAUAAUAAAAUGGUAACUGAAGAAAUGCCUUGUGCAGUUUCUCAUUGAUGGCCAUGCUUUUAACCAACUUUACAAAUAAAUGUUAAAAAAAAAAACAGAUUUAAUACAUUUUUUGUGUCUAAUGUGGUAAUUACCUUUCCAUACUGUGAAUAUUGAUUUAUUUUUUUUUUUUAAAUCUUACUGUGAAUAUUUAAAUAAAGUAAACCCCAUAUCCUGGGGCAGCCGCCUUUCCAUUCUGCAUCCUGUAAUUAAACGUGGUUUUGAGCAAUCACUUUUAUGUGGCCAUAAAAAUGUAAUAUUAACCGUUGUAGUGCAAGUUUCAAUAUUAUAGAAUGGCAGUUUGGUGUCUGAAGGAACAAUUAGUCUGUUUAAUCUAAACAGUGACAUAUCUAUGUACCGUUGUCUUUAGAUUCCUGAACCCACUCUAGAAUGGACCUGUUUUCAAUUAAAUUUAUAUGGAAGUAAAAAA